GCCCCCACCCACGACACCUCGCUGGCGGCAGCCGCAGGGAGACCAGCAGUCCCAGAUCUGCGGAGCCUGCCAGGACCUGCGAGUCCUUCGGAGGCCACCGCCAGGAAAGGGAAAGCAGCAUCUUCAGAGCCUCCCUGGUGUGGUCUGGGGAGCCACGAGCCCGCCGGCAGACACCCACCCCUGCCUCACUCCUUGCAAGUCCCCAGGAAUUCCCGAGAGCCCUCUCAGGAAGGCUGGGUACUGCAGCCCUGCAGGCAGGGCCUGGGCCCUCCUUGACUGGGGCGAACAAAUUGUGCCCGUGAGGCCCUCUACUUACUGAGCCUUUGGGAAGGGUUCGUGGCAUCCUGGAUAAUUCUUUGGAUUCCCGAGGCAGCUCAGGUGUGCGCCAGCGGGCAUACUGCUGCCUCAGGGAGCUGGGCAAGAUGCUGUUUGGCAUAAAGGACAUCGCACUGUUGGAGCACGGGUGCAAGGCCCUCGAGGUGGACAGUUACAGGUCCCUGAUGAUUCUGGGCAUACCGGAGGACUGUAGCCACGAGGAGUUCGAAGAGAUCAUACGGGUCCCCCUAAAACCUCUGGGCAAGUUCGAAGUGGCUGGGAAGGCCUUUCUGGAAGAAGAGAGAUCCGAGGCAGCUAUCAUUAGGCUGGCGGAGGACAUCAAUCAUGCCGCGAUCCCCAGGGAGAUCAAGGGCAAGGGCGGCGUGUGGAGAGUGGUCUACAUGCCCCGGAAACAAGACGUUGAAUUCCUGACCAAGCUGAACCUCUUCUUGCAGAGCGAGGGCAGGACGGUGGAGGACGUGGCUCGGGUCCUGAGGCAGGAACUGUGCCCGGCAGCGACGGGCCCCAGGGAGCUGCCUGCCACAGAGUGCUGUGUGCCCGGGCCCAAGGAGAAGCCCGGCGCUGGGGCCGCCGCCGUGGGGGACAGGGUGCCACCUCUGGGCUCCACAGAGAAGCAGAGCAAGGCUGGAGAGGGCAAGAGGGGCAGGAGGAAGCACAAGAAAACCCGCCGCCGGCAUCACGCAGCAGACAAGAAGCCGUGAGGUGCUUCAGGUGGGCGUGCGGGUGGCAGGGUGAGGUUGGGUGUUAUCUGAGUGGGUGUGGAUGAUGACUGCGGGAGAGUGGGUGCCCUUUAAGGAAAUUUGGAGAAUGCAGGUGGGUGUGGAUAAUGUGAGCAGGGAUGGUAUUACUCAUGUGUGUGGGUGACUGAAUACGAAUGGGUACCAUCUGGUGUGGGUGAGGGUGGGUAUUUUUAUCUGAGUUAAUUUGUGGGCUACAUCUGAGUGGCUGUGGUUAAUUAAUAUCUGGUUGAGUGUGGGUCAUUCAUUCACUCAUUCUGCAGAUAUUUAUUGGGCAACACUAUAUCCUACUAUUCUAGGAGCUGGGGACACAGGAGGGAGCAAAUCCAACACAAAUCCCUUCCAUGGCACUCAUAAGUGAGUGGUUAAUAGUUGAGUUACUUGGGUACAUGCGAGUGGACAUGUGUGGGUAUAUGUGAGGGUACCAUUUCAGUAGAUUUAAUAUCUGUUGAGGAUGGAUCACUCAUUCAUUCAAUCAACAAACGUUUCCUAUAGUCCUGCAAACUGUUCCAGGCACUGGGGAUACAGCACGGAACAAACAGACCCAAACCUGGCCCUCGGGGCACUCACAUCAUAUAUUUGAGUAGGUGUGGGUAACAUCCAAGUUACUUGAACACAUGAGUGAGCGUGGAUACCAUUUGAGAGUGUGAGGGUAACACCUGAGUGUGUUUGUGGGCAUUAUUUGAGAGGCGAGGGUAAUGUCUGAGUGAGGAAGGGUCUCAGAGACCCGCAAACAGCCUCUCUCACCUGGAGACUCCGCGGGACCUACCACGCAGUCGCAGUCGGAGCCGAGUAGGGCGUCAGUCUGUUGCCAUGGAGACCGCGGGCUACCCGGAGCCUACGUGAGCAGGUGUUUGAGGGAAUCGGAAGAGGGGGAAGAGGGUCCGGGAUUCCAAGGUUUUGCAGAAGUUUUCUUACCACAGUUGAGGAAAAGCCAAACAGGAAGAACGUGCCAGGAGAUUCCUGAUCGGCAGAAAGGCCACUAUCCCCUUUACCAUCCCCCGCGGCCUGAUGGUGGGGAUGGUGGUCUUGCUGGGUUUGUUGUGGGGAGGAGACACAGACCCCUCUAGCUUUGGGCCCUGUUGGGAUUCCUGCCAAUGCAAAGUCUAGGGCCGAUUUUUGUCCUUCAAAAAGAUGUACCGUGAAUGUACCUCUGCACAAACUUGUCCAGAGUGGACCACCCUGUUUUGUACCUAGUUUUGCAAGUAGAAGCCAUGCCUGCAAAGUGAGUAGUUGCACUCCACGUCUGAGGAACUCACAGUUCUGUGUGUGGCUCUGUAAAAGGCUGUCACUGCCCUCUACAUGCUGGGUCUCCAUUUCAGGGAUGGUCAGAGGUGGGACCCUUCUGCUCUGAUUGGCAUCUGGGGUGACAGAAUGGGUCUCCCCACUUAAAUCCCAGAAGUCCUGACUUGUGGGGAGAUGUGUGCUCCACUCUCUAAAGAAUGAAAGGCAAGACUUCCAGAGAAUGAUCCCAAGGUAAAUAACUAAGUCACCUUGAAGAGUUUGGAUUAACAACCUGAACACUGAGUCCCCUGUGAUGGUGAAGAACAAGAACGAUGACAAAAAGCCAAUCUGGUAAAAUCCAAAUGUCCAUGAGUAGACAGAGCUCUGUUCCAGGGAAGCCUGACCUGUGAAUUUGCAAACUUGCUUUAGGUUUAGGGAUUGCAAAGGCUGAGCUGUAUUUCUUUUUAAAAAUGCAAUUUACGCACACACACACACACACAC